CACACACACACACACACACACACACACACAUGCUUUAUUCUUCCAAAAAAAAAAUUAAGACAAAUAGUUUUUUUUAAAUAAAGUAACGAUUAAAAAUUUCAUUAUAAUAAAAUAUGCUAUUAGUAAUCAACUUGCUAACGUGCUACUAAUUAUUAAGAUGUGUACUAUAUGUACAUAAAUGUAAUAUACGAAAUAUGAACAUUAUAUGUCAGCUGAGCACAAAAAAUCAAUAUCACCUGAAGUGUGAAAAUCAAUAUUUUGUAACAGAUACAAAUAUACAUGCAAAAUAACGGGAAUUGAUAAAAGAAUAUUACCUGCUGAUUUUAAUUACUUAUAAUUAAGAAAUUGUAAUUUUGACUUUAAUAAAUUUUAACUUUAGCUACAUUUUCUGUUCUAUUUAAAAAUCACAAUAAUUGCAAGACACCAUGUACAUAAUUAUAAUUACCUUUUACAUAAAAUUAAAAAUUUUACAUAAAAAAUACUUAUGUAACGGAUUAAUUAAACCUAAAAUAAUUUAAAAGUUUUAAAUGUACAAAAAAUAUAUAUUUUGAUAUAAACGUUCCAAUAAUAUCAUUGCUCACAAUUUACCGUGUUUUUAACUUCAAAAUGUACUUCGGAUCUUGUCAAGAAUUUCUUUUUUACGUUACUUUUUGCUAUCUUUCUGAUCUUGUUCUCUGUCACAUUCAAUCCACUUUCAUGUUUUCAAAUUCACACGCGGUCAUUUUCGUGCUCGGAAAUAAAAAACGAGGAUUUGAAUAAAAAUGUGAUGAUUUAAAUAAGAACACAGAAAAACAGAGAAUUUGUAAUAAAAUAAUACACCAAAGUAGAAACGUCAAAGCUCUUAAAAUCAGAAAGCACUCUUAAAACGUUCGUGUCAUAUGCUCCAAGUUCUAAGGCUCGACCCAAACUUUACAACGUUAACGCGUUACUUCUUGUCCAGACAACGAUAUUUCUGCCUAUCACAUCGUAUUGAUUAUCAUCACAGUCAGGCGCAUUAAUGGAAUUUAAGCGAGUGGCAGAAUGCGGGAACUGAAGAAUGUAACACUAUAAUAAUGUAUGAAUUAAAUAAAGUUAUCGCACAUCGAAAAAUAGCAGAAUAUGUAAAUGUGAAUUUUUAAGUGGAUCUUUUCUUAUGUAUUCUUUUUUCUUUAUUUUUUUAUAAGAAGAAAAUAUCUGUUAAAUUUUCUUAUACUCGCAUCUGAUAGUUUAAUCAUAGACUUUUUCAAGGAAAGAAAAUUGCAAAAUUGUAAGUGUUUAAAUUUUAUUAUAAUGUUCUUUUCACGCUUAGUGUUAGCUUUAUGGUAAAAUUUAUUUUAAAAGAAAAAAUUUUCAAUCGAUUGGGUGAAAAGAGAGGGUGAACAAAGCAUCGCCGACUUCAUCGCAAUCAUAUGUGUUUCGACGCUCGAAGAGAUGGUUUACAUGAAGAAUAAGUACUUCAGUCUCAAUCGAAUUCUUUUGCUUACGGUUGGCUUGUGGCCUUAUACAAAAUCCAAAUUUGUACGAUUGCAAUUAGGUUUGCAAUAUGGAAUUCUAGGAAGCUUUAUAGUAUUUCAGUUAACAACAUUUGCGACUUCAAAAUGCGAUGUGCCAUUAGUCAUUGAAAUUUUUUCUGUCACAGCCUUCUAUUUCAACUUCGUGUUGAUAUACCUCUCGUUCAGUUGUAACAUGAAUGUUGUGAAACAUUUAUUAGAACACUUUCAACAUACCUACGACGAGCUGAGAGAUGAAUAUGAAGUUGCCAUUAUAGAAAAGUAUUGGGGCUUUUCAAAACGUUUUACUAAAGGAAUUAUGUUGUUCAUUAUCUUCAACGUGAGUUGUUUUCUUCUUAUUCCAUUUGUGCCAUACAUGAUCGAUAUUGUAUUGUCUGCAAACAAGUCUCGGCCACAUCCAUCCGUACAUAUCAUCACAAAGUACUUCAUCGAUCAAGAAAAAUAUUUUUACUUAAUUAUACUACAUGCAGAUGUAGCAUACUGCGUAGGAGCGCUUGCAAUGCUAGCGACGGGAACAACAUCACUGGCAUUUCUUCAACAUGCUUGCGGAAUGUUCAAAAUUGCUGGUUAUCGUAUGGAAAAGGCUAUUACAAUCGGUAUUAGACAAAUGAAUGGUACGAGAAAUGCGACUUUCAUUUACAAAGGAAUAAUUGUUGCCAUAGAUAUGCAUCGAAAGGCUAUAAAGUUCGUCGAAAUUUAUGCAGCUUCAUUUAAUGUAACAUUCGCCCUUUUAAUAUUUGGUGGAAUACUUUACGCAAGUCUCAAUCUUUAUCGAACUUUUCGAGAGAUGUCAUCUGGAGAUAUUAGUGAAAAGCUGUUACAACCCAUUACAUUUGUCGGUGUUUAUUAUACAUACAUAUUCAUUGCCAACUGUGCUGCGCAACAAAUUACGGAUCACAAUAAUAGCCUGUUUGUUACAGUGUACAACGCUGAAUGGUAUCUAACUCCUUUAUAUAUACAAAAACUUAUAUUGUUCAUGUUGCAAAGGGGCACUAAAGCUUUGAACAUAAAGAUUGGUGGAUUAUUUGUAGGGUCUUUAGAAGGCUUCUCCACGUUGACCAGUGCCACAAUGUCUUACUUCACAUUUAUUUAUUAUACAAAUCAUUAAUGUGUUGAUUGUAACACUGUACAAUCUCUAGAUAGAUUAAAUAGAGAUUUUAGGAAAUACUAUUGUAACGUAUUAUAUAUACAGAUAUAUGAAACAAAUACAACGUGGAGACUUCAAUACAGUUAAAUUAAUGGGAAAGGGAGCUUGCCGAUAAUAAAAAAAAAAAUUCUAAAUUGUUUCCCAUAGUUUUUACGUAUUGUAAUGUGUACAUUGAUACAUUGAAUUCUGUAUUAAAAACAGAAGAUUUAUUGUACGAAAAUAAAAAACCGUAUUAUAUAAAAAUAAAGAAUAACUUUUUUGCCAGCAUAUAAUGCAAUGUUAAAAGAUUUUAAGAAAGUAAAGAUCUAAAUGUGCUAAAAAGUGCGUAAAGAUUAUAGGGGAAGGUGGGGUAGUACCGGAUACCUAACCUUUUUCACUGAUGACUUUUUUUUAAUAGAACGAUUAAACUUUUCAUUAUAAUAAAAUAUACUAUUAGUAAUCAAUUUGCUAACAUACUACUGAUUAUGAAUAUGUGUACUGUAUGUAUGUAUUAAUAUGUGUACGUAAAUGUAAUGUAUGAGAAAUGAAUAUUAUAUGUCAGCUGAGUACAGAAAAUCAAUAUCACCUGAGCUGUGAAAAUCAAUAUUUUAUAACAGAUACAAAUAUACGCGCGAAAUAACACGAAUUAAUAAAGCCAAAAAAAAAUA